AUGAACAAAAUCUACAUUUUGCAGGAGUUGCUAAAACCUGUUGGGAUAUUCCUUAAGGAUCAAAAUCGAUACCCGGACCUGAUACUGUACCUGUCCCGUCCAGGACAUUCAUCAGUGGAUGCCAUCGCUCGGUUCAACAUGGCCCAUUACAUGCUCGCUUCAAAACAGUCUGACUCAUUGGGUGUGCAGUGCGAUGAACGAUGUGCAACUCUCAUGAGAUCGAUUCAUUGCAACCAUUCUUGUCCGGAUCGGUGCGGUUGCAUUUACGCCAAGCUGGACUACGUUAUGCAGAUUGGAACCGAACAGCAGACACAAGUGAACGACGAAAGCUAUUCUGUUUUAUCAAAUCAUUCCUCACGGGUCGUUGCUACUCCAAUAGGGUUGGUCGAUAGAAACACGAUAACGAAACACGUGCACUGCAAGGUACACGUGUAUCGGGGCCGGAUUUUUGCAGGAUCUGACAAAUCUGAGCUGUGCAAUGCUAAACUAGUGGUUCUCUUUGAGGAGCACGAAAUGGCGCUAUCGACAAUACGGCAAACAUUAUCGCCCUGCUGGAACGAAACGGUCGAGUUUCGGAAUGCACAAUUAACGGUUACUGCUGGUGCACUGGACAAAAAGUCGGAGUUAAAAACUACGCUUAUUUUUAUUUUGCAAAAUGAAGGAAAGAAUUCGAAAACCAUUGGACUGGGAUGGUUGGAAACAUCGAUUAAUCCGAAUACUGAGCCUCAAAUGGUUACUCGCGCAAUGCGAUGGAUUCCAAUCUUUCGAAAGGGCAUACGUAUAGCAGAGAUUCUGGCCUCAAAUGAGUUUGCAGAAGUCGUCAGUUCCGCAGAAGGACAUGAAGAAAUGUUUGAUGUUGAAAAAUUGGUUGUACAUGGUCUACCGGACAUUUUGAUCCCCGAGAUGAGUGCUUUCAAGUUGGAAGUUUUUUUUGUAGGUCUACGUCAAAUGGUAAAUGACGCAUACCAGAAAAUAAGGAAAUCUCGAAUAUUGAUAACGCUUGGAGAUGCAAGCAUCAUGAGUGGGAACGCUGGCAAUAUACACGGUAGUUGUGCCAAUUUCCCCGAAGGACAUGAAUUUUGCAAUAUGCGUCUUCCAACCAAUCCACAUUUUUGGCCUUCAUUGAUUAUAACGCAUAUGGAUUAUUCAAACUCAAGUCGGGUUAAAAUGAUUGGACUUGCUGUAGUUAAUGCAUCGGAGCUCCUGACAGAGUCGCCAGCAUAUGCCAUGGGUCUCAAUGAAAAUACAACAAUUAUUGAAGUUGAAGAGCAAGAUGACGUUCCUUUGCUACAACCCGAAGACACGUCGAAUCGUGUGCAGUUCAAUGCAUUAAGUAAUUGGUCGAAUAUUAGCCAUAUGGUUCAAACGCAGUUAAAGUUUUUCAGUAAACACACUACUUUAAAAAAGCGUAUUUCCCACAGUAACGAGCACUCGUGGUGGGCCAAGUUUUACAAUAGUAUACAACAAAAUAAUAACACUAACAGUUCCCUCAAGAUAUUCGAUAGAGAACUAGAAAGCAUAACGGAAUUUAAUGGAUUUAAAGAUUGGAGCGAAAGUUUUUCGCUGUUCAAAAUAAAGCGCGAUAAAGCUGAUCGGCUCCGAAAGCAGAUGUACGGCAUGGUAAAAUGUAAAAUUAACAUCCACAGACUCUUGCCAGAAAAAAGCCAAUUGAUCCCCCCUUUACGAACCCGGUUGAUGGAGUUCUCGAAAAACAUUGAAAUUAUUGUAGUUGUAUAUGUCGUGCAAGCUUUAAACCUUACUUCGAGAGAUAUCAUGUCAGAAUCGGACGCCUACAUUGUUGUGGCAUACGGUGGCCAACGUGUACGUGACCGAGCAUAUUACAUACCUAAUCAAGCGUCUCCAGUUUUUGGAAGGAGAUUCGAGAUGCGUGGAACACUUCCGAGAGAUCAAAUACUGCACAUCUCCAUUUACGAUCGAGAUUUUGUCUCUUCUGACGAUCUUAUCGGUAGCACUUGCAUCGAUAUCGAAGAUCGCUUCCGAAGCAAGCAUGUGCCGGCGUUCGGAUUGCCGAGUUUCUUCACCUCUAAAGGAAGUAACUGCUGGCGGCAUCAAAUGAAGCCAUCAGAUAUGUUAAGAGAUCUAUGUUCCAGGCAUAGAAUUAGCUUUCCUCGGAUUGAAGGGCAGAAGAUCAUAGUCGGCGACAUCGAAAUGGAAGCUGAUGAGUUGGACCCAACGGAGUGCCUAAAGGAGCAGCUUUGCCUACAGACACUGAACAACUUCCAGCACGUUCGCAACGGGUUUCCUUUGACCCCGGAGCACGUUGAAACUCGAUCGUUGUACCAUCCCAAGCGUGCGGGAAUCGAGCAGGGCAAAGUACAGCUGUGGAUCGAGCUUUACGAACCGAAUGAGCCGCAUCCACAACCGGUGGACAUAACACCACAGCCUCCAAAAGCUUACGAUUUGAGGGUGAUCGUCUGGAACACGACCGAUGUGAUGUUGAACGAGCGUAACAUUUUCGGCACGCCGAUGAGCGACAUUUAUGUCAAAUGUUGGUUACAGGAAUAUACGGAGGCUCAACACACGGACGUUCAUUAUCGGUCGUUAACCGGUGAGGGAAACUUUAACUGGCGCAUGAUAUUCCCGUUUCGAUACUCACCUGCCGACGGUAUGCUCGUGCUUCGCCGCAAAAAGGCUUUCUACGAACAACAUGAUACCGAGCUCAAGUACCCACCGGUGCUGACCGUCCAGAUUUGGGAUAACGACUCGUUCUCAGCGGAUGAUUUUCUCGGAACGGCGGAGUUAAAUCUCUCUCAACUGCCAACUCCGGCCAGCACUGCCGAUGCGUGUACGCUUUCAAAAAACGCAUCAUUAACAGGAUCCGGAAGCAAUCGGGGUUUGAACCUUUUCCACCACAGUAAAGUACGGGGUUGGUUUCCAGUUCAUGGCCGAAGCACAUCCGAGAACGAUGCCAGCGAUCGACAGCCACUAGAAGGUGAAAUAGCGCUAACGGGAAAAAUUGAACUGGAACUGGAGAUUCUUAGCCACGAUGAUGCUACACUGGAUCCCGUCGGAGUCGGCCGUAACCCACCUCAGCACCUUCCUGAGCCGCUCCGUCCCGAGGUUUCCUUCAACUGGCUGCAGCAACCGGCGAAAUCAUUCAACAAGCUGGUAUGGCCUCGCGUAAGGAAAUCGUUCCUAUACGUUGGAGCGAUUGUGUUGCUGUGUUUGCUCGCUUACGGCAUCGUGGUGAACAUGCCGACGGUGUUCCUGGUGCGGUCGCUCGAACAGCGAAGCUCAACGAUGGGAACAUCCUCUGAUGGAGCUAGCUGA